AUGGCCUCAAACAGUCAGGAGCCAGCCACUGAGCUUGAGUCCAGACUUGUGCAAUUAUCUUCCCUACUACAGGAAGAGAUCGCCAAGUCAAGCCACCUCUCUCUUGAGUUCGAGAAGAUGAAGAUCAAGCUUCAACUACAAGAAAAAGAGCAAAAGGCUCUACAGGAGAAAGCUACUGAUGCCCGGGCAGCUGGCUGGGAGCUGGAGCGCGUUAAGGACCGCUUCGCCGAAGCCUCCGACACUGUCGAUUUUCUGGUUGCCAGAAACGAAACUCUGACGGACGAAAGUAUUCUUCUCAAGUAUGAAAUCAGGGGUCUCAAGAAGAAACUUCGCCAGUCCGAUGAGAAGGGUGAAAUGCUGGAGGAGAGAAUGGAGACGAUGAAGGAAGGUCUGGAAGCUAUGAUCAACAAAUACGAGGGCAAGGCCGCCGAGCCUGAUAAGGAUAUGAUUACUAGCAUGAGAGAAUGGUCGAGUGGAUUUUGA